AGUGGUACGUUCCAGUAGUAUUGAAGGCAAAGCUGAAAACGGUUUGUUUUUGCCGAGAGGAAGAAACGUCGCUGCUAUUCGCAGCUGCUACCUCGUCGCUUUAAUAAACGGUUGUGACAUUUCGUUUACGUCUGGUUGGUUUUUCGACAGCAGCUUUUGCCGUUUUUAGCUCGCCAUGGCUCUGUGCGGGGGUGUCGGAGCCAUGGCUUUGCCCAGCGAGCUUAUUGUCCACAUAUUCUCCUUUCUGUCCGACCGAGACAAGCUCCGGGCCUCGGCUGUGUGCUCUCGCUGGAGGGAGUGUUUGUUCUACCCCGCGCUGUGGACCGAGCUCAAACUGCGAAUAGGUGGUGGUGGAUGCUCCAGCUCUGACGAAACCCCGAAGCUUGAGUUCCUUAUGCGAAAGUUUGGCUCUUUUGUGCGAGACUUGCAGCUAGAACUCGCACCGGUGGAAGGAAACCUUAGCCAUCAGAACAGCGACCCGCCGUCCGCCAGAGUGGACCAGCCUCCGGGUCCCGAUAGCGACCCGCAGCACAAGGAGCGAUGGAGGGAUGCCGUGGCCACCUACUUGGACCAGGUGUUAUGUGUGUUCACCAGCAUCCGAAACAAUAGAAAUCUGCAGAAGCUGAGUCUGUAUGGAGACACAUUCAUUCUCCAGCAAGAGGGACUACUAGACAGCUCUCACCUGCAUCUAAUCCACCAGGGGGACAAAAAGAUCAAUGAAAUCCAACAGUUGUUUAUGGAGGUCCUCUCCAACAGCAGGCAGCUGAGGUGGCUGUCUUGUAGCUUCAUGCUGGGCCUGGUGACUUCCUGUUCUUUAUCCUGCCUGUCCAAUCCUUCAGCUGAGACCCUACAGCACCUAAGUUUACUGGACCAUCAGCUAGGGCCCCUCGUCUCCCCAUCUGAGUUGGAUCGCCUCUCUAACCUUCAUUCUCUGGCUCUCGAUUUUACUGACUUUACAUCUGAGCUUUGUGGUUUGCUGGCAUCUCCACGGCGAACUCCACUUCAUCGCCUCUCCCUGCUGCUCAACGGGGCCACCCUGGAGUUUAAAUCAUUAGAAGGGACCGCUACAGAGGAUAACUGGAAGGCACUGGUUCGUGUAAGCGCCAACCUGCGAGUGUACGUCAUGGCCCUGGAGGUCGACAGCUCUGAGCUCCUCAGGGUCCUAAAGCCGAGCCUUCCCCUCGAGCGACUUCACCUCGACAGUUACAGCAUGCCGGUGACCGACGCCACACUGGAGCUCAUCUCCCAGCAGUACAACAAAACGCUGACUCACUUCCUGCUCCUGAGGGAUGGCCCUGACUUCCCUGACCUCAGCAUCAAUCGUAACGAAGACCCUUUGGUCCUCUUGACAUGGAGAUGUACUCAGCUGGCUGUACUCGUGAUACAUGGUUACACUGUGUGGUCCCAUAACUUGGUGGCCAUCUCCCGACUGCGAGGCUCCAGUCUCCGUGUCCUGACCGUCUCCGAGGAGAGCAUCGACUUUGAUCCAGACCAGUCGGUGUGCGUAGAGGGCGACCCAGUCCACAACCUGGUGAAGGAGGUUUCUCUGGGCCUCGGCCGUGUCUGGCAGCCUUGCCUGGAUUCCAGCGUGUUUUUGUCCGAACCCACCCAGCACUUCCAUCAUGAGCUGCGCGCCUUCAGCAUGGGCAUGUAGACGGGGGAUGGCAAACCCAAGACAUCACAGCCUAAACUGUGUCAAGACCAGACCAGACCAGACCAAGACCCAACGAAAACUCUAAAGUGGAGCUUAAGAAUAGUCUAUAAAUUAUGUGAACUGACGUGAGCUGAUUGUUUUUAUUUUUUAAAUUUUUUUUCCAUAAUUAAGUCUGACCAUUUUUCAACGUCGUCUUGCUUUGCUGCUCUUAUUAUCCAGUUGGCCAGUCGCUUGAAAAAUGGAUUCAGCUUCUGAUGUUUUAAAUAUAUGUAUAUUGCAGAUAGGAGUAUUCACUUAAAACUGGAUUGCUAAUUACAAUCUGAAAAGCAUUCGGUUUGAAUAUCACACAGAGAUCUGACAGCUGGCAGGACUUCACAGGUUUUAGUUUGUGGGUCAGCGUGCGGCUUCCAGCGCCCGCUCAGCUCAGUCUGGUCUGGUCUUGCCCACAAGUAUUCAGAGCUCUCUCCUUCACCUUAAUAACCUCUGGAGCAUCUGUGUAAUGUACCUUUUGAUUUGUUUUGUUUUCCUUUGUUUUUUUAAUUUGACUGUUUCCAUCCCUCCUUGCUCUUUGUAUAACCCAGUUGAGGUUUCUUUUUCCUUCUUCCCGCGUGGUGGUUCCCUUGCCUGUAUUGGCUUUGUGUGUAUUUAAAUACAGAUAUAUUAUUAUCCUGCUCACUGCUAGAACAGGACAGGCAGGCGGGUUGAGUGAUGAACUGUAGGGAUUUAAGAAGGGUUGUGUGUUCAGGCACAAGCUAUUAACUUUAGUUCUUUUGUUUCUCUUUUUCUUUUUCUUUUUUUUCUUUUUUUAAUCUUUUUUAACAAACCAUUGCUCUGUGUCCAUCUGUCUGGAGUCUGUAAACUUACUGAUUAGUAACUUCCUGGGUAACACAACCAUAGCUGCUUCUUCUGUUGCUCUGAAAGAGCAUCUCGUGCACUUGUCCACUAGUUCGAGAGCCUUGCCAGCCGGGUGGGAAACGCCACUGUAAAAUGGCUGUGGCUGCUGCUAGUGAGUUUUAAUGUAACAGCCGUGUCAUCACCAUGACUGAUAAUUAUUGAGGGAGGGGCGACUCAAAGCCAAAAUAGUUUAGGGGUUUUGAGAUCCUUACCGAUGGUGUUGAGGAGAAUAUUGUUACAUGCUUGUUGCCAACACACUUUGCACCCUGCUCACUUGUUGACUUUCUAGGGAAACCUCAGCGUUAGCUAAAUGGGGAAGCCCCGUAUUCUGACUCGCUUUCAGGGCCAAACUACAAAAUUCAGCUCAUCACAAAACGACAACUAGAAACUCUUUUUCUACUUUCAGGAUGAAUAUCUCUGCCUUUCUGAUUUCAGAGCCUUCCAGUUGUUUGUAAGAACGCAGAAGGGAUGCAUGACACAAAGUCAAAAAUCAUGACGCUGGAGGGCUCUGAGGUCAAAAACAUCUUCAAGUAGUCCUUCAUAUUUUAUAUUUUUUUUUUUAAAGAAAACGGGGUUUUGUUCCUUAAUGCCAUAUGUAUAUUUGUGAUUUAAGUAAUCUCUUUUGUAACAGCUUCCAAACUCUUGGUGAGGCCAUGUUAGAACAGCAGCAGUAUUCUGCAGGAGCAGCUAUCACACAGGUCAUGGCAGCAGUACUGUUGGUAGGAAGAGCUCUUCUUUCUUUUUGAGGGGGAACAAAUCAUGAUUGAGAGCAAGGAGGGAGGAAUGGGUGCAUUGAAUGUAACUUAAUUCAUUUCUGACGCUGUUGGCCAGCCAUUGAAGGCUUACUCUUGCUGAAUAGCUGAGUUUUAACAUUGUAGGUUUCACUGACAGCCAAGACUGCUUUUUUUUCCCCCCUUCUUCCUCUUCCUCCUCCAAUGCAGCAGCACAGUAAGGUUUCGGGUCAUGUGACGAAAGCUGCUUCUGUCAGUCUCAGGUAGGCUUUUAAUGUCUCUAAGACCAGCAGUGGUGGCAAUGUUGUGUAGCUUGUGUGAAACAAUCAGUUAAUGUGAGUUGAAGUUUUGUUUUUAUUUUAUUUUCUUUGGAUUAUUUUCUCUUGAGUCACAGUUGCCUUUUGAAACAGCCCCUUGUUUUCUGGCUACAGUUGUUGUUGUUAUUGAUGUUGUUGUUUAUCUUGCCAUCCGAUAGACCCUCAGUCGGAGGGGUCAGCAAACCUAAUCAUACAUUUGUUUUCAAAGAUUAUGGUUGAUAAAGACUAAAGAAUGGCACAACCAUGCUGCUUGCUGCACGUGUCUUAUAUCUUCAGUAGAUGUGAGGGACUGAGAGGCUGUGGGGUGGUUCAAAUGAAUCUAUGCUGUCAAUGGGAGACCUGCUGGGCCCAAUUAAUGUUUGAACUGAUGGUCGGUCAUCUGAGGUGAAAUGCUUUGGCACUGUGGGUCUGGCUGAGCUUGUCCUCAUUCAUUCACAAUUGCAUGACUUUGAUUAAGUCAGUGUCUUUACUUGUCUGCUUUCAAGUGAAUGCGAUCACUUUAAUACAUGAAAUGAAUGUUAACAGCUAAAGCGAGGCAUCAUAGACCAAAUGACUCCAGAUAGACCCGAACACCAUCAGUUGAUUACUGGGCUCAGUAUAGCAGUGUGAUCCUACAGUGCUGUGACUGCUCAGUGGCUAUGAGGUCCUAUUGGAGUUUUCUGAGCUGAGUUGAGGUUUUAACAGGAAAAAUGGAAGUUGGGUUAGACUUAAAUGUACCCAACUUUCGUGAGUAAACGAGCCACUGUCAGAAAAGCUGCCCACCCAAAUGGCUUCAGCUCAGGCAUGGAUUUGCAAAGAUCGAGGACAAUGGCACUGCACACUGUAAAGGUCCAUAUCAGGGUCUAUAGUUUACAGUGUUGACCUUAGUGAUUUUAUUCUCUUCCCCAUGGACUGAUAUGGAACCAGUGUGCCAGCACUUUGUUAGUUUCAGAAUGAAUUAAUCGCAGCGACUGGCCCCGGAUACCAAAUGUUUGCUUGUCUGUUUAAGGGGACCUUGGUGGUUUAGCCAUGAUAAUCUCUAUAGUCCUUGGUUCAUAUCUCAGGAUAAAUGCACUUUGGUACCAAGAGUUUCUUUUAAAGGCUGUUUGUGGCUGUAAAUAGCUCUGUACACUCAGAGGGGAAACGUACCAACAUCACACAUUCAGACCAAAACGUGUUGGUUUUUUAAUGUCAUCUUCUUCCACGCUCCUCCUCCUCCUUUCUUCUUUUUAAAAGCCCUUUUAUCUGAGAGAUGUUAGAGCUGUUAGAGCUUCGUAUUGUUCGUAGAUGUCAGACAGGUAAGAGGUGUAAAAAUGACGGCAGUGUUUAGUAGAAUGUAAUGUCACAGUAAAUGGUCACCUCAAAUAAGCAAGUAGAUUUUUUUUUUUUAAGAAGCUGUUCCACUCUCGUUUCAUCAGCACUUUCCUGUCUUCACAAGUCUCUAGAUUUUAUUGGCUUCAUGCUAGAACUUAGAUUUGGCUGUUUAUCUGCCAAAAUUAAAGGAAGGAAUGGUGUUUUUACCAGAGAUUAAGCUCAGAUAAUCAGAAUUACAGUUCAGAUUUGUUAGCUUGCUGAAAUACUUGCGCCACAAAACUAGAAAUGGAAAAAACUCUAUUUUAGUGAAGGCACGUUUAGAGAAAUCCUGGUUUAUCCUUCCAAGGAGACAAGAGGUCAAACAGAAGUGCAACCAGUCCAGCAUUGUGGCCAAUAGCUAAAUAUUGAGCCAUCUUGUGCCUGAAAGCCUCUGAAGUCUCACUGCUUUUCAAACCUUGCCUGUCAGAAAAAUAUUGGCUUUGUUAGGUGUUGUUAUUAUUAGUUCAGUUUUUAAGGGUUAAAAGCUGCAGUGAUGAAGGUUUUAGCAGCCAUCGUGUUUUGAUUCCUCUCGGAUCCUGCCUACAUUUUUCUGCUCAGCUUUUCACUUGUAUGCAGUAGAAAUAUAUAAAUAAGAUGUUUUUGGCUGUGCAGUCCCAUGCGAUGUAUGCAUGCCUGUGUGUAUUUGUAUUUGUAGGGGAGAGAGCGAGGCUUGCUCAUGUUCACCAGUGUAGUCUUAUCACUUCUUCUGCAGCGGGAAACAGGAACAGAAAUCAUUCGUUCUCAGGGUUCAAUCGGUUUUUGGAAAAGGAGGAGGACGAUGGAAACCUCAGGCCUGAAGCUGAAAGAAUAUUAGGAGUCACUGGAUCUGUUCUCCACCCUUGAUGUGUUCUUAGCUGCCAAAGACCACAGAGGAACAAACUUAACCCAGACACAAGUCUAUCUGAAGUGCCCACAAAGACACACACUGACUGGAGGCUGGUCCAGUAUUGUUUUCUCCUUUAAAGCUCCUACUUUUCUGAUAUUUCUCCACUCCUUUUUUUUCCUAUGUUUAUUCCACUGACUAUUAAUAGUCUGUUUGGUGUCAAACUCUGUCCUUCUUACACUUUGGACCAUACUGGACGUGAUAAAAUGUCAACAGUCUCGCCAUGUGGUUGGAGUGAAUCCAGACCUGAGAGCAAAAGGCUUCCCGUCUGGUCAUUGACUGUGCCCUGUGUUUAGAAACACAAGAAUAUGGGUUUUAAGGCAUUAUUGGAUCAGCAUUGCUGCACAUCUUGUACAGUGUUACCUCUAAACGGCACUCAGGGUCUACAGUGCAUGUUGCUUAAAGUCCGGUCCAGUGCAGGACACUCCUACAGAGGCUUAAGCAGAGUGAUCUGGAGUUUUCCUCCUCCUUUCUCUUCCCUGUCCAUCGUCUGUUUCACUGUGAGGAACAAAUGAAUGUAAAACUAAGAAGGUUCAAUCUCAGUAAAGUCAGGGACUAAACACUCUCGCAGAUGCUUCCAGGAGGAGUUGCACCCUGAAAGAUGGCAGAGUGAGGACAAAGGCCCAUGUGUCUCAUGUGAUGUGGUGUUUGGCCAGUAAGCCUGUACCCAAGGUCCAGUUUGAGGGGAAGUGUUUAGUCCUGAGCUAUAAAGUGAUUUGCUGCUAGAGAUCUUCUAGGAACGGGACAUUCCACACAGGCGUCGCUCAGGCCGUCUGACAUGCAAACAGUUUACUGCUGCAAGGUCUGCAAGAAGAUUAUCUACAGAAACUAUAUAUUUUUUACUUUGAAUGGUCUAUGUGUGAAGAGAUCAGAGAUGCAUCUAGAACUGACGAGUCACACCAGAUUAGCAGCUUUAGUAAAUUGAGUUUCUAAUGUGUGUUUCUGAGAUGCCAUGCUUCAGCAUUCUGAGGCCAUAUUGUGUCCGGUACACAAAGUCACAAAGGACAGGGGGGGGUGACAAAAGCAACUUGACUAUCACAGUGCUAAAAAAAGAGGGCUGUGGAAUCAGGUGGUUUCACAUGUUGAGUCAGUCUGGCAGGUGAAAAACAGGACUGCAUGUUAAGGACACAGAUGCAUGUUCACUUUGGAUGCACGGGAGCCUGUGCUGGGCUGACUUUUAUAACAUAUGCAGACAGAGUUUGUUUGACUGACACAAAGCUAGCAGAGCCUUAUUUUUAAUGAGUCCUGCCAUUAAAAAUGACAGGUUUGAAGGCUCUGGAGGGAUGAUGGGAUGUCAGUUAUUCAGGAGACCAUUACCAGCACUUACUGCACAUUCAAGUGGCCGCAGCCCUUUUGACCAUUUUAUACUUUAACUAUUUUUUAAAUUAUUAUUUCGCUUCUUUUUAUUUAAUUUUUUUCUUGUGCUGUUAUGUGCAUUCAGAGAAAUCCUUGAAGAUAACUGGGCUCACAUGGCCCCUAAAUGAACCCACAGAGCUGGCCUCUAAUGCACUCCAUCUGAGAAAGUUGGCCUUGGUGGCAUGCUUGCAGAACUGUCCAAUCAAGGCUGUUAUACAGAGGGAUGGGUAUGAAACCUCUGUGAUAGCCACUGCUAAUUCCCUUGACAUGGACAGGGUCAUGAGUGUGUGUGUUAUUUUAGUACCAAAGCAGCAGACUGUGUCAAAUCUGCAUCGCCUAAACGCGGGCUCAGAGCCACAGGCAGACACUCAUCACAAGUUUCAUUUCCACUUUGAUCGUUGCUUAGACUCGAUGCCGACUCGAGGGUUUGUGAUGUUGACUCUCAGAAUGUUCUGGAAAAUGAAACUUAACUUAAAUAGCUUAAGAAAUAAGAGGUAGUAAGAUGGUUCUGGGCCUGAAGCCUUCCCUAAAAGACAUUCAGGGCUGGUUCAGUGUUUCUGGUGGAUUAACAUGAAGAGACAGGGUUUCCUCAUAGCAAGGUUGUAUUUCUUUUUAGGUUUGUUUUCUCAUUUAAAUGCUUUGACCACAGACUACUACCAGUACAUGCAGGACUGAAUGAGCUCACAGAGGGCUGGCUGCAUGCAGGAAUGUGACAAAUCUGAUUAGCUUCCUGAUGUGUUUCAGUAACUUGGAGACAAACACUGGAUGUGCAUUGCACUGGUAUAAAAUCAGUCCUGUAACAGAGAUAAGUACAUGUGUUUGAGGCUAGAUGUACUAGCACUGACAGGAAGUUUGGACACUCCGGCUUUUAGUUUUCCAGCCAGCUGAUGAUGAUGAUGAUGAUGAUGUCAGCCUGGGUGCGAUAGUAAUGGUGUUAUCAUUUACUUGCUUCUCUGUAGAUGUAGAGGCGAAACGACAAAAUGGCACUGAUGGCAUUAACCUGGCCAAAUUCUGUCAGUAUCGUUGAUGCAUGGCGAGAUUCACGCAGCGCCUGACUGUAUCAGGGACCUGAUAGAUAUUCAUGCUCAGUGUCGGCCAACUAUCUCCAUUUAGAUCUCAGCUACUGUGGCUGUGAUGUUUCUGGCUGGUAAACAAAGUCGUUCUUGUCAAGUCUGGAGAGCCAAACCUCCUAAUUAGCCAGGCAGGCAGGCCUGCUGCCCAGUCCAGCAAUACAACUAUGCAAGAGGAAUGCAUAUAAUCCACACUCAUCCUCUUUUUCUUUUUUCUUUUCCUCCUAUUUUUAUAUUUGGUUUUUCUCACUGUCAUACAAUAGAAACGAAGAUGUAAACUAAUAAGAACUUGCAAUGACAAUACUUGGCCUUAUGAUGAUUUCUGAAAUCUUAUCAUUUAGUUUUAAGAUCUUUUUGAUUCUGGUCAGCCAGCCCAGCGACAGCAGCGGUGACGGCGGGCUCACUCUUGGUCUCUGUGAGACUGGCUAGAUGGCCCCAGUUUUAUCGUGGUACGAAUGUUGUGCAUUUGUUUAAAAUCAGGACAGUUUGCAAUAACAGCAGUCUUACUAGUGGCCACAAAGGGGGCACAAGCAUUGCUGACCGCGCCCGGCUGCAUCUUUAGAAAAACCAUAGAGGAAGAAAUAUAAACUAUAUAGAUAUCUAAACUCACACAGUGCAUAUUUGUAUAGGUAUCAACAAUGCAUUACCGUGGUAUACUCUUAUGCAACACAUGUCCGGGUUCAAUUUAUGAACAUGAAGUAUACUCUGAAAUCACGCAGACUUUGUAAAUCAGAAGCUCUGUUGUUGUGUUUUAUGCAGAAAUGGUUUUACCAUCGUUAAUGUUGAAUAUUCUGAGCGUAACGUUCCUGUGCGACUGUGUCGGUUAACGUGAGCACAUAGCACCGGGUUAUUACCUCCUUUCUGUAAGCAGGGAACCAGACUGAACCCAGAACACAGCUGGAUAGACUUCACGUACCACAGAGCAUAUUUCAGGAAAAAAAAAACUUCCAAAUCUGUUCUGCACAGAGCUUUAAAAGUGAGUCAAUUCUGUAACUCACCUGAGCUAUAUCAAACAGACCAAGGUGUGAUUAAAAGGAUGGCUUGUGGAUUUUUAAGACCAAGCAAAACAGAGUUUUACCCUAAAUGUCCACAAGAAAAGGCACAAAAGUGAUAUUUGAAAUUGUCCCAGCUGUUUUUUUUUUUGGCUUAGUCUGCAGGGUAAGAGUCCUCUGGAAGUAAGAGGACAGAUUUUAUCAUUGAACAGUGUUGAUCCAUGGCUCUGUGGUGAAGAAAAGGGAGGACGCGUUAUAAACCUCCACGUAAAACCUCUGAAAUGACAGAUGGCAUACAAUUGAGGGGUCAACCUGCCGAAUGUUGAUUUGAAUUAUUGUGGAAUGAAUGCUUCUCUUCUUUUAGUCAGUGAAUAAAAAUAAUAAAAAGUCA